AUGGCCGAGUUCUGCGGCUUCGAAUCCGUCGAUGCUCUUGUCACCGCGACCGUUCCGAAGGACAUCAGACGCCAGCCGAUGCAGCUGGGGAAGUACACCGAGGGAUUCCCGGAGAACGAGAUGCUCGAGCGCUUUAAAGACAUGGCUUCUAAGAACAAGGUUCUCAAGUCAUUCAUCGGCAUGGGUUACCACGGAACCAUCGUCACGCCGGUCAUUCUCCGUAACCUGCUCGAGAACCCCGGCUGGUACACCCAGUACACUCCGUACCAGGCGGAAAUUGCUCAGGGACGCCUGGAAUCUCUCCUCAAUUUCCAGACCUUGAUUACUGACCUCACUGCAAUGCCGAUGUCCAACGCGUCUCUGCUUGAUGAGGGAACCGCAGCGGCCGAAGCCAUGGCCAUGUGCCUCAACAUCAACCGAGGGAAGAAGACCAAAUUUUACAUCUCCAACCUGUGCCACCCGCAGACUAUCGACGUGUGUCUGACACGCGCGGAUGGGCUUGGGAUCGAAGCCAUUGUCGGCGACCACACGACGUUCGAUUACUCCAAGAAGGACGUCUGCGGCGUGCUCGUGCAGUACCCUGCGACAGACGGCACCCUGAUCGACUACUCCGAUUUCGUCGUCAAGGCUCACGAAAACGGUGCGAAGGUCGUCAUGGCGACGGAUCUGCUCGCGUUGACGGUCGUCCGGCCGCCCGGCGAGCUCGGCGCGGACAUGGUUGUCGGCUCGGCGCAGAGGUUCGGCGUGCCGAUGGGGUAUGGUGGUCCCCACGCGGCGUUCCUGGCCACGUCAGCGGAGUACAAGCGGCUGAUGCCCGGGAGGAUUAUCGGAGUGAGCAUUGACGCGCAGGGGAAUCCAGCUCUACGUAUGGCGAUGCAGACGAGGGAGCAGCACAUCAGGCGAGACAAGGCCACCAGCAACAUUUGCACGGCGCAGGCUCUCCUCGCCAACAUGGCCGCGAUGUACGCCGUGUACCACGGCCCCGCGGGCCUCAAGGACAUCGCGAACCGCGUGCACGGGCUCGCGGCGGUCUUCGCCAAGGGCGUCGAGAUGGCGGGCGCCGGCACCGUCGCCAAGGAGCCGUUCUUCGACACGGUCAAGGUGACCGUUGGCGGCGGCAAGGCUGCUAACGUGGCGGCCGCUGCGGUGAAGGAGGGGAUGAACCUGCGCGUGCUGGACGCCGACACGAUCACUGUUGCGUUCGACGAGACCAGCACCAUUGCUGACGUGGACGCGCUCCUGAAGGCCGUGGCUGGCAAGCAGCCUGCCUUCACAGCGGAGUCCAUUGCACCGCAGGUGGACGCAGCCCUGCCCAAGGCGCUGGAGAGAGAGAGCGCCUUCCUCACUCACCCCAUCUUCAAUGCCUACCACUCAGAGCACGAGUUGCUGCGCUACCUGCACCGCCUGCAGGCGAAGGACCUGUCCCUCGUGCACUCCAUGAUCGCCCUGGGCUCGUGCACCAUGAAGCUCAACGCCACGGCGGAGAUGAUCCCCAUCACAUGGCCCGAGCUCGCCAAUAUCCACCCCUUCGCACCCCUCGACCAGACCAACGGCUACCAGGAAAUGUUCAACGACCUGGGCGCCAUGCUGGCGGAGAUCACUGGCUUCGACUCCGUUUCUCUGCAGCCCAACGCUGGUGCUGCUGGCGAGUACGCUGGGCUCAUGGCCAUCCGCGCGUACCACCAGUCCCGUGGCGAUCACCAUCGCAACGUGUGCAUCAUUCCCGUGUCAGCCCACGGCACCAACCCAGCAAGCGCGGCCAUGUGUGGCAUGAAGAUCGUGGCGGUCGGCACCGAUGACAAGGGAAAUGUCAACAUUGCCGAGCUCAAGGCGGCCGCUGAGAAGCACAAGGACGACCUCGCUGCCCUCAUGAUCACCUACCCAUCGACCCACGGAGUGUACGAGGAGGGUGUUGACGAGAUUUGCCGCAUCAUCCACGCCAACGGCGGUCAAGUGUACAUGGAUGGUGCCAACAUGAACGCACAGGUCGGCCUCACCAGCCCCGGGCACAUAGGAGCAGACGUGUGCCAUCUCAACCUGCACAAGACCUUCUGCAUUCCCCACGGAGGGGGUGGUCCCGGCAUGGGCCCCAUUGGAGUCAAGGCACACCUUGCUCCCUUCCUUCCCUCCCACCCUGUGAUCCCGACUGGAGGCAUCCCUCCUCCCCCUCCCGGCUCCGUCGGCAAGCAGAUGGGCGCCAUUGCCGCUGCUCCUUGGGGGUCCGCGCUCAUCCUGCCCAUCUCCUUCAUGUACAUCGCUAUGAUGGGCGCGCAAGGCCUCACUGACGCUUCAAGACUCGCAAUCUUGAACGCCAACUACAUGGCCAAGAGGCUGGAGAGCCACUACCCUGUGCUGUUCAGGGGAGCCAACGGCACCUGCGCCCACGAGUUCAUCAUCGACCUCAGGGGAUUCAAGGGCACGGCACACAUCGAGCCGGAGGACGUGGCGAAGCGGCUGAUGGACUACGGCUUCCAUGCUCCCACCAUGUCAUGGCCCGUGCCCGGCACUCUCAUGAUCGAACCCACCGAGUCUGAGAGCAAGGCUGAGCUGGACCGUUUCUGUGAUGCAAUGAUUGCGAUCCGGGAGGAGAUCCGUGCCAUUGAGGAUGGGAAGGCAGACAAGGCCAACAACACGCUCAAGAACGCCCCCCACCCUGCUUCUGUGGUGAUUGCUGAUGAGUGGACCAAGCCCUACCCACGCGAGCAAGCAGCCUUCCCUGCUCCUUGGGUGAGAGCUGCCAAGUUCUGGCCCACUACAGGCCGCAUAGACAACGUGUAUGGUGACCGUAACCUGGUGGCAGUUUUGCCACCUGCAGAUUCGGCAUAG